UGUAUAUGCAAUGUAUUCAUUAUAGACAAAGGAAAAGAGAUGGAAAAAACAAGUCUAAUUAUAUUGCUUUGUUUUAUUCUUAUGUCAAUGGUUCAAGGUGUUGUAUUAGGACCCAAAGCUGUUGAAAAAUGGUUCAAGGAACUUCCUCAUGCAAAGCAAAAGGUAACUAAAUUUCAUUUCUAUUUUCACGAUAUAACGAGUGGAAAAAAUCCAACCGCAGUUCCAAUAAUCAAGUCAAAAUCCCCAACUUUCUUUGGGUAUGUUGCAAUGAUUGACGAUCCAUUGACGGUUGGACCCGAGGUCAACUCGACUAUAGUGGGUCGAGCCCAAGGGAUUUAUGGUGGAGCCGGUCAAAAGGAGGCUGCCCUUCUUAUGACCCUCAACUUUGUGUUCACAACUGGCAAGUAUAAUGGUAGCACGUUGAGUGUACUUGGUAGGAACCCCGCAUUUCAUAAGUAUCGUGAAAUGCCUAUUGUUGGUGGUUCUGGAGUUUUUCGAUUCGCUCAAGGAAUCGCCACUGCAAAAACCUAUUGGAUGAAUGCUACUGAUGCUAUUGUUGAGUACAAUGUUAUAGUCCUGCAUUAUGACGUUUGAUAUGCUUUGAUUUUUUUUUAUUUUCAUUUGUAAUUUCAUGUUCACUAUAUUUUAAUGUAUAUUUGAAUAUGUCAAGCUGAAACAAAUGCUAAGCGAAUUAAGGUUAUCAUA